CUGAACGUGUAAGCGAGAACAUGGCCGUAGAGAGAAUACUGAAUAAAUCAUUUGUCGAAGCGAUAAGAGUAGAAGAGUACAUACACGGAGUAUACAAGUGUAUAUACAAAGAAUAAUAAAUAGACACUCAAAGAGAAACUCGAAGAGGAGUAGAAAGUAGAAAAGCUGUUCACUGGACUUCGCCAGGAUAUGGAAGCUCAAGUCAUGAAGAAGGAUUAUACAAAAAACUUACAUUGUAAAGCGCCAGACUGCAAGGCGUACACGAGACGUCGCUUUCCGAUUUUGGGCUGGUUGCCAGGAUACAAAAAGUCAUGGAUUCUACAGGACAUGUUAGCUGGAAUCACGGUGGGACUCACCGCAAUACCACAAGGCAUAGCGUAUGGAAUCGUAGCUGGCUUAAAUCCUGAGUACGGUCUCUAUGCUGCGUUCGUGAGCUCCUUCGUCUAUAUAAUAUUUGGCUCCUGCAAAAAUAUUACAAUCGGACCCACCGCAAUUAUGGCACUUAUGGUUCGGCCACUUGUUGACAACUAUGGACCCGACAUAGCUGUUCUUAUCUGCUUCCUUAAGGGCUGCAUCAUUACUCUUCUUGGUUUGUUUCAUUUGGGUUUCCUCCUUGAUUUUAUAUCACUUCCGGUUAUUACCGGUUUCACUUCUGGCGCCGCCAUAACCAUCGCUUCCGCACAAUUUAAACCGAUUCUUGGCAUACGAGGAUCCAGCUCUUCCUUCUUGGAUUCUAUUGUUUCUGUAUUUGUUAAUAUCGGAGACAUUGGAAUUUUUGAUACUUUACUCGGAUUAGGAACUGUUGCUGCUCUCGUAUUGCUCAAGAAUCUACCGGGUAAUCGGAAUGGAAAAUUUCCACUGAAUGUACUGUGGAUGGUAACUCUGGCAAGGAAUGCCUUGGUCGUUGUAUUUGGCACUGUAUUAGCUUACGUUUUUUACCUGAAUGACAUGGAACCACUUAUAUUAACCGGUUCCAUGGGUCAAGGGUUACCGCCGUUUUCCCUGCCGCCGUUUUUCACAGUCUUUCACGAUAAUUAUUACAGCUUCCACCAUUUGAUAUCAGGAAUGGGGAUUACUUUAUUCACGAUGCCAAUUAUUUCGACGAUUGAACAUAUCGCCAUCUCAAAAGCCUUUGCAAUGGGAAAAUCGUUAGACGCGACACAGGAAAUGCUGGCGCUCGGUCUGUGCAACAUAUUUGGUUCAUUUGUAAGAUCCAUGCCGGUCACAGGAUCUUUUACAAGAACUGCAGUUAAUUACGCUUCAGGCGUCCAGACGCCUUUAGGCGGCUUCUUCACGGGUGGUCUGAUUUUAUUGGCUUUGGGGUUUCUUACCUCGACCUUCCAUUUUAUACCAAGAGCCACACUGGCCGGUGUUAUAAUAUGCGCCAUGUAUUACAUGCUCGAUUUCGACACCUAUAAGCUUCUCUGGCGAGCAAAAAAAAGCGACUUCAUGAUAAUGUCGUUGACGUUGCUCGCCUGUGUAUUCCUCGGCUUGGAAUUUGGCAUUGUUAUAGGAAUUCUAUUAAGCAUUAUUUUCCUGCUAUUCUUCUCCGCCAGACCCUCCAUUGAAAUUCGCGUAGAACAGAUCGAAGGUCACAAGAUUAUUCAUGUAAUACCCAAGGAAGCCGUUGCCUUUCCAGCUGCUGAAAAUCUUCGUUCUAACGUCAUGCAGCUCGUAGAGUUUCAUCAAUGUUCUCUUCUUGUCGACGGACGAAGUCUCAACAGGAUAGACGCAACUGUUGCCAAGAAUCUUAAAUUAUUGGCCAAGGAUCUCUCGCUGGCCAAUCAGCAAAUUGAAUUUAUCAAUUGUAACGAAGAGGUUACGGCCAUAUUGAAAACAGUGGCUCCCGAAUUAGCCGAUAAAUUUAAAAAGAGUGACGACCUGUGCUGAGUCGAUAGAUUUUCUUUAAAAAGUAGUGACGAUCGUAUUUAUUAUCACGCCGAAGAGAUAAGGCGAUUUUAUAAAAUGCAACGCCUCGUCCACUUACCGAUAUUAAUUUAUUGUCUCAAUAAAACAGUGGAAGUAUAUGUACAAGAU